AUGAGUAUUAUGGACUACAAUGGCAGCGCUAUGGUUGCCAUGAAGGGAAAGAACUGUGUCGCUAUUGCUGCAGAUACAAGAUUAUCCCAACAACUCUGCACCAUCUCUCAGAAUAUGCAGAAGGUAUUCAAAGUUAAUGACAGAUGCUUAUUUGGCCUCGCUGGAUUGGCUACUGAUGUGGCUACUUAUUCAAAAGAGCUCAAGAUGAAGACUAAUAUGUAUAAAUUGACAGAGAACAGAGAUAUUAAAGCAUCUACCUUCACUGAUUUAGUUGCUACUUCAUUAUACGAGAAAAGAUUUGGCCCAUAUUUCGUUGUUCCAGUUGUAGCAGGAUUAGACGAUAAGGGAGAUGGAGAAUAUGAACCAGUCAUUGCAUCCUAUGAUUACAUUGGAUGAAAAGAACAAUCAUACUUCGCAUGUGCAGGUACUUCUCAGUCCUUCCUUUAUGGUGUCUGUGAAAGCUUCUACAAAGAAGACAUGAAUCCUGAUGAGCUUUUUGAGGCAGUAUCCCAAUCACUCUUAGCCGCCAUGGAUAGAGAUUCCCUUGCUGGAUGGGGUGCUACAGUCUAUGUGCUUACUCCAACAGAGAUCAUUGUAAAGAAUAUCAAGACCAGACAAGACUAAU